AUGGAUCCUCUGUUGGAAGCCACCGGCACCUUUGCCUUAAACCUUCUAAAAAGGCUGGGUGAAGACAGUUCAAAAAAUGUGUUUUACUCACCCAUCAGCAUCUCCUCGGCCCUGGCCAUGGUUCUCUUGGGGGCAAAGGGAACCACUGCACUCCAGAUGGCUCAGUCUUUUAAAGAUUCCUGCCAGAAUUUCUACCAAGCAGAGAUGGAAGAAUUUGACUUUCUGAAUGCUUCAGAGGAGUCCAGAAAACACAUAAAUAUUUGGGUAGCUAAAGAGACAGAAGAUAAAAUAACAGAGUUGCUGUCUCCAGGUUCAUUGGAUGAAAUAACCAAACUGGUCCUCGUGAAUGCCAUCUACUUCAAAGGAAACUGGGAUAAACAGUUUGACAAAGAGCUCACCGGGGAGAGACCAUUUAAAGUCAGCAAGAAUGAGGAGAAGCCUGUGCAAAUGAUGUUUCAGAAGUCUACUUUUAAAAUGACCUAUAUAGGGGAAAUAUUCACCAAGAUUCUGGUCCUUCCCUACAUCAGCGAGGAGCUGAAUAUGAUCAUCAUGCUGCCCGAUGAACUCAUUGACUUGAAUAUGGUGGAGAAGGAACUUAUUUAUGAGAAAUACAUAGAGUGGACCAGCCCAGACAAGAUGGACAAAGUUGAAGUGGAAGUUUUCCUCCCUCGGUUUAAACUACAGGAAAAUUAUGAUUUGGAGGAAGUCCUUCGCAGCCUGGGCAUGACCGAUGCCUUCGAUGAGGUCAGGGCAGACUUUUCUGGAAUGUCAUCCAGGAGAGACCUGCAUCUGUCCAAGGUCAUGCACAAGUCCUUUGUGGAGGUCAAUGAGGAGGGUACUGAAGCUGCAGCAGCCACUGCCACUGUCAUGAAGAUGAGUUGCAUGAGGUUCACUGCAUGCCUCUGCGCAGACCACCCCUUCCUCUUCUUCAUCCAGCACAGCAGGACCAGAGGGAUUCUGUUCUUCGGCCGAGUUUCUUCUCCGUGAGGAAGCAAUCAUCCCUGGG